CGCGGGAGCGGAGAGGGCGCCGCCGGCCGGGGGCGGGAGGCCUGGGGACGGCGGGCGGCCGGGCACCAUGUUCGGUUCCAGCCGGGGCGGUGUGCGCGGCGGGCAGGACCAGUUCAGCUGGGAAGAUGUGAAGACCGACAAGCAAAGGGAGAACUACCUGGGAAACUCGCUGAUGGCCCCAGUGGGCCGCUGGCAGAAGGGCCGCGACCUCACCUGGUACGCCAAGGGCCGGGCUGACGGCGCGGGACUGAGCCGGGAGCAGGAGCUGGCGGCCGUGAGGCAGGCGGAGCAGGAGGCGCUCAUGGCGGCUCUAGGCUACAAGAACGUGAGGAAGCAGCCCACGGGCCUGAGCAAGGAGGACUUUGUCGAGGUCUGUAAGAGAGAAGGAGGCGACCCUGAGGAGAAGGGAGUAGACCGGCUCCUGGGCCUGGGGAGCUCCAGUGGCUCUGCAGGCCGAGUGGCGCUGUCCCGAGAAGACAAGGAGGCUGCUAAGCUGGGGCUCUCCGUGUUCACGCACCACCGUGUCGAGAGCAGUCGGCCAGGGGCCUCCCCGGCCUCCACUUCUGCCAGGAAGAAGCAGCGAUCGGAGGAGAAGCCAGAGCCGGGCCCCGAGAGCCACAGGAAGAGGAGGAAAGAGAAGAAGAAAAAGAAAAAGAAGGAGAAGAAGAAACACAAGAAAGAGAAGAGGAAGAAAGAACAGCACAGGGCUGGGGCAGCCUCCUCGAAGCCCCCGACUCCUGCCCGGCCCGGACACCGCAGGCACGACUCGGACUCCUCCUCGCCCUGCUGCAAGAGGCGGCGACGGCAAGACAGUGACUGAGGCCCUGCCCAGACCACCCCCACCACACAGCCCUGGAGGGGCCACCCUCAGCGAAGCCUCCGGCCCAGGGAGCUGGACAGCCAGCACAUGGGGGCCCUGAAGGAGGAGAGGUGGCUGAGCCCUGAGCUGGCCCCAGACCCACCCGGGGAGGCCCUGCCUGCCUGGGAGGUUCAGCCACCCCAGGUCCCCUGAGCAGCUUAGCUGUGGCUAAGUAGGGCUACUUAAGUUUUUCUUCACAUUGACUCACUCUUUGUAUGUAAAUAAACUUAUUUUAAGGGGAAAAUGUCUUGUAUUUCAGGGAAGGUCAUUGUUACCUGUCACAGUAGAAGGCGAAGGGUGAAAAUGGGGAGAUUGCUUUGGGUUCCAGUGAGACCAUCUGACGUUCUGUUGGAGGGGGGAGUUGUCCUGGUGGUUGGCAUCCUGAAGUCCCAUGUGGGCCUGGCCCUGAAAGUGACUUCAGGUCUACCAGGAGCCCUGGGUCAUCAUGUGUGGCCAGCAGGGUGGGCAGAGGGGCCAGAACGUGCUGAGCUGCAGGUGGGUCUCUCCGAGGUGGGUAAGCGUGGAGAGGGUGGAUGGCCAGACAGGGUGUUUAGGUCAUGGUGGGGACUCAGGUGGACUUGUGCCUGGAGCCACCCUCAUCCCCCCAGGCCACCAAGGGACUUCUUGGCCACUGUCCCACACCUCCCCCAUCUGCCUCCUCAGUCUGGUCUGCUGGCUGCUUCCAGGCUGCAGGGCCAGCCCCUUCCACCUGGCCUCCUGUCUCCUCUGCUGGGAGGCAUCUGUGGCCCUUCACAGCCCUGUCCACAGAAGAAAUGAAAACUGAAUCUUACAGCUGACUUGGAGUAAACACAAAACCGAGGCUGGAUUCGUCCUUCCUAAGUAUAUUCCUUGUUUUGGUUCUGAUUUUAAAAGAAGUGGCAAAUGAAGACGUUUCUGUCUAGUAUCCUGGCACUGGUUUUCAACCUGUCAACAGAAGCGAGUUACCUCAGGCCAGUUGGCCUGGGCCAGGGCAGGGGAUGUGCACAGGGUGGGCUGCUUCCCAGGGGAAAGAGAGACCUGGACCUUGGCUCUGCCUGUGAUGGCCACAUGAGUGGGAGCAGGGGCACCGAGAAGGGCUCCUGGUCAGAGGGACGGCUCUCAAGGAGUGGGAGGCGGCCCAUGGUAGAGGGGAGCUGUGAUCCUGCAAUUUAUAACAAGUACGAUGUAUUCGGUCAGAUGGCCGAGACGUUUCUCAUAAAGGUGCAGUCUUUGUCCCAAGUUCCUGGCUCACAGCUCCCCAAACCCUUGGAAUUUCUUGUUUUUGUUAAAGGAGGUGACUUUUGGACCCCACUCAAGGAUCAGGGCUGGUUGCCAGGAGAACCAGCCAUGUGAUCAAAGGAUUGGAACUUUCAGUCCCACCCCGAGUUCUGGGGGCUUGAGGUUCAAUCGGUUGCCAAAGGCCAAUGACUUAGUUAUGAUUCUAACAAAGCCUCCAGAAAACCCCGAAAGAUGGCUCAUCGGUCCUCUUGUCAGUGAACACGUGGAGGUGUUGGCAGAACAGUGUGCUCAGAGAGGGCGUGGAAGCUCGGCACCCUUUCCCAGACCUGCCCUGUGCAUCUCUUCCCUCUGGUGGUUCAUCUGUAUCCUUUAUCAUAUCCUUUAAUAAACUGUAAAUGUGCUUCUCA